CACAGCAUCCGGGAAAAUUCCAGAGCCUGCCACAUAAAAGAGCAGGUACAUCGCUUUCUCUGUCACACUCUCACUGAAAGCCUUCAGGCACUUCAAACCACUCGAGCUACAACAACCUCACAUCGACGCAAACCGGCACAGCAAGGGCACCGACUGCGGAACAAUGGCAAGCGGCAAAACGUAUCUCGUGGCAGCUCUCUGCUCCUUCAUCAUCAUCAGCAGCACCUUCGUCGGCAGCACGCAGUCAGCAAGCUGCUGUCUGAGGUACUACAGACGCCCGUUGCCAUGCAAACGGCUGUUGGGCUACACUAUCCAGACCAUCAACACAUCCUGCGACAUCAACGCUAUUAUCUUUCACCUUCCCGGCAAGUUCGUGUGUGCCGAUCCUUCCAUGACCUGGACCCAGAUGAGGAUGAAGUGUGUGGAUGAAAAGAGGAAGACGACCACUCAGGUCAUCAGAGAGAAAACUACUACCAGAACCCCAUCAGCAUAAACUCUAUAGUGUCAUAUCUGCAGAAUAUAACUCUUGUUUUUAUGCCUUCCUGCACCCAAAACCCUUAUUUCACAGUGGAAAAAUUUGUGAUUCACUUUAAACUACACUUACAUUUACACUUACAUUUUCUUAUUAUAAUUGUUCUGUUUUAUAAACAGGGAAGAGUAGUAUUCUAAAUACAUAGUAUACUGUAAACUAUAGCGGCAGUGUCAUCAACAAAAAAGUAUUGCAAUUUUUUAUUUAUAUUUGUUUUAAAAAAUUUUUUAUAUAUAGUGUUCCCAAAAGAGGAACAUUGAUAUUGUAAUUGAUCAUUGUUCAAAGAAUUUAUUAAAAACAAAGACAUUUAAUAAUACAUGUGUCUGUCAGUAUGGUUUUCACUACAUUCAGAGUGUCCACACAAGUAAUUUCAUACCUUCAAUACAGAUUUUUCUUCACAAAGAUAUAUACAAUAUAUACUAAUUUCAUCAUAUUCUAUAGACUAGACUAAACUGUGGAAGCUAACCGGCUAACGUGGGGCCACAGAAAGUGCUGCAGCUACUUGCUAACAAAAAUAUACAGUAGAAAUGUUUUUCAGCUUUCAGCUCAGUAGCUUAUCGGUUAUUAAAUUGAUCAUUUUCUACUGCUGCUGUAUCACACUGUACAUAUUCUACAUCAGCUUGUUCCAGCUCUUCAUUAAAGCUAUAUGAUGUACUCUGAGUGAAAUAAGGCUCCAUGUUGUUAAAGCCUAUUUUUUAUCUUUGGGAUUGCUGUCAGAAAUCAAUAAAUCAAUGUCAAAUAAA